AUGACCGCCGGAUGUGCUCUCCAACGGCUUCUCUUGGUGGUUGGGUGCUGUGUUAUAUUCACCCCGGGUACAAGUGAUCAUGCGAUUCAGGGUAGCUACGAUUGGCAUGCGGCCUUCCUUGCGCUCCUCUCAUCAGCCAUGCUGCACCCACCUAACUUGUCCAUCCCUGACAACAUGCAGCUCGUCCUCAGUGCUGCGGCUUGUCUUGGGAUAAUAAUAAUUGCUCGGGUUUACCUUCCUAGAUCAAAGAGUAGACUUCCUCUCCCACCAUCCCCUCCAAAGGCUUGGGGAUUUCAUGGGCACGUCCUGCCGCUUCGCAGCGAAUUUCUCACUAUAGCAGAUUGGAUUGACGAAUACGGUCCCCUAAUUACCAUCCGGUCAAGACUUGACAACAUUGUUAUUAUCGGUCGUUACAAAGUCAGUUCCUCCACGCCGAGUUGUAAUCUAGGCUCAACAUUCUGUUGCAGACCUGCGGUAGAUAUCAUGGAGAAUCAGGGAAAAGCACUAGCUGAUCGACCUCGCAUGGUUGCUGCUGGAGAAAUUUAUGGCGGCGGAAUCACCAUCACCUUCACACACUUUGGGGAAAGGUUUCGUCGCAUGCGUAGAGCACUCCAUACGCAUCUUCAGCCUAGAGCAGCCGAGGCUUAUGAGCCCCUGCAGAUGUCGCACGUGAAGAAUACUGUCCUUGAAAUCCUUGAUGAUCCAGACAACUUCCAGAACCAUGUGACAAGGAUGCUUGUUAAAAUCAUGCGCCCUGGUGCUUACCUGGUGGACACGAUCCCUUGGCUCAAAUACCUUCCUUGGUAUGGCCGAGACUUAAAACUGGGGUUUGAGAGGACCACGAAACACAACAUGCGUCGCAUGAACUGCGUGAAAAAGCAAAUGCAGAGCAAUGUGGACAUCGGCCCUUCGUUCACGAAAUAUAUGCUAGAAAGUAGCGAUCUCCUUGGUUUGACAGAGGCUGAAGUAGCCUCGCUUGCUAGUGCCUUUUUUGCAGGUGGAUCAAGUACAACUGCUGUGGCGAUAUGCACGGUGCUCAUGGCAGCUGCUUGUUUCCCGGAGGAGCAAGCUAUAGUUCAAGCAGAGCUCGAUGCGGUCAUUGGGAGGCAGCGAGCGCCGACCUUCGCCGACCAGAACUCCCUUCCCCGCCUGCACGCCUUCAUUUCUGAGGCUGUAAGAUGGAGACCCAUAGCUGCCAACGGAUUGGCUCACCGGACAACCACGGACGUGAUUUGGGAAAACUACUGUAUCCCAGCAGGGACUACGGUACUUGGAAACCAUUGGGCCAUUUCUCGAGAUCCAGAAGUAUACCCUGAGCCUUACGCGUUCAAGCCUCAGCGCUGGAUUGAUGAUCAAGGUCACCUAAGAGAUGAUUUAAAAUUCUUCCAUUACGGGUUUGGUCGGCGUGUAUGUCCUGGCCAACAUGUUGCGAACAGCUCGGCCCUUAUUCUUUGGGCCUUCCGGCUUGCUCUGGAUCCUACGAAGCCGUUGGAUGACAUGGCGUACAUGAACAGGGAGAUGUCCAAACGGCCGUGCUCACUUGAGUUUGAGACGAGGAUCCCGGAAACGGAACUCAGGCGCAUGAUGCAGAAUGAUCCUGAGGUUGUAUGA